UUAAACCAGUUAUCGCUUUAUGUUGAUGAUGUUAGUUUAAGUGAUCAGGGUAACCGAUUUCCGAGAGCUGUUAACGUAUAUUCCAUAAUUAUUUAUCUCAUUGUCGAAGUCGUGGUUUCCUUCGUCAUCACCAUAAUAAUCAAGAUAAUUUGAGUAUUUCUUACACUCCUUCACAAUUCACCACUAUCUAUCUGUCUCACUAUCUCUCAUCGUUUGCCUUGUCUCCCUCUCUGUUAGUAUGUUUAACUAACUAACCAACAAUUAAUUAGCAGUCUUUUAAUCAACACCAGCAAGUAAACACUAUUUUUCGCCAUUCUUUGUUUUAUUUGAACUCUUAAAAGUGAUAAAUCUGUUGACUUGCCAAAAAUCGAAAGAUUUUCAUCAAAUACUUUGAUUGUUUAUCUACCACCUCAUUUAAUCGAUUAUUUCAUUGAUCUUUGAUUCGCCUUGGUAGGAAAACAGCAAACAGCAUACAGUAAACAAAGUUUGUUCCUGAUUCAUUUUUUUAGUUUGUGUUUACAAUGUACAUCGCAAAUGAUUACGUUGAUAUAGACAACAAUUACGAGGGCAUGUGCUUUGGUAAUCUUCUCCAUCCACCUUCCACUUCGUCAUUUUAUUCAGACUUUUUCAUUGAUCCAUCACCCCAGACAGUCUUGGAAGAUGUCAAACCCUUCCAAAAGACGAAUUCCACUUUCAUUGAGACAUCUGAUAAUUAUCGAUCACCGCGAGUUGGUUCCUCGUCACAAGUUCCAUCAACGACUACUGAAGUGUACAGUAAUAGUGAGACAGAUUUUUUCAAAACAUUAUUCACAGAAAAUCUUGACACGAUCCAAAAUCAAAAUCACAGCUCGCCAAGUUCCCCCGUAACAUCACGAGUAUCAGAUAGUCUGAAUGUCAGCAGUAAUAGCAGCAAUAGCAGUGGCAGCAGCAUUGGUGGAAAUAUUAGCUACCGAGCAACACCUCUGGCCGAUUCAUCGACACGAGUCUCCAACAGCAAUCCCUCAACGGUAACCAUUAAAGAAGAGAUUAUUGACCCGCAAUCAUCAGAACCAAUUAUUCCUCAGCUUAAAAGUGAGACCGGUGGCUCUCUUAUAGAAGCAAACCAUUGGACAUCAACACCACUACCAAUGUUUAAAAGUUACAGCUGGAAUACUCCUGCAAAUGACAUAUUUCCUAGCCUCUCAUUGGGGAACUUUCAAUCGUCUGAUUUGAGUGAACGAUUAGCGUCAACAGGUCCCAAUUCACCAGAUAACAAUGAUAAAUUAAAUUGUGAUAGCAAACAUUUGAAUGAUCUUCAACAAUACCAAAAUCAGCUACAAUCACCAUUAGAAUCACCGGUUACCGAUACAAAUGUACUGCUAUCCAAUUUAUCAGCCAAUUUAUCGGAUAGUAUAAGACCAAUUAACUGCCAUGAAAACAUAAUUGACACCUCAACAGGAUCAUUAUUGAGCUCAUUAAUAACUGAAGAAGCAAAUCAUGAAAAGGUCUAUUGCCAUUGGGAGAACUGUUUCACCAUCUUAAACUCCUUGGAAAGCUUGGUCCAUCAUAUUGAAAGAGUGCAUGUAGAUGAAAAAAGGACACAUGGAAACAAUGAUGAUUAUAUUUGUAAAUGGUCUGACUGUCCGAGAAAUCGUAAACCUUUUAAUGCUCGAUACAAGCUUCUCAUUCACAUGAGGGUUCAUUCCGGAGAGAAACCCAAUCGUUGCACAUUUGAAGGAUGUACCAAAGCAUUUUCACGAUUGGAAAAUUUGAAAAUCCAUUUAAGGUCGCAUACCGGUGAACGUCCAUACAUUUGUACACACCAGGAUUGUUGUAAGAAAUUCAGUAACUCAUCGGAUCGUGCAAAGCACCAGAAGACACACAUAAACUCGAAACCCUAUGCAUGUCAAGCUCCUGGCUGUACCAAGCGUUAUACCGAUCCAAGUUCACUUAGGAAACACAUGAAAAACCAUUCAAGUGAUCUUGAGCCAAAGAGAAAGGUCAUGUCGACUUACUCUCUAAAUUCAAGUCUGGAGGAUUUGAAUGCCCAUGUUAGUAACCUGAAAUUGAGACAAUCUACAGAAAAUUUGGGUAAUUUGUUUUCAAGUUGGCCAACCAAUGAAUUCCGUCGACAACAAAGUCAACAGCUCCAGGCAAAUCAAAGACAUGAUUUAAGUUCCUCUCUUGAUUACAAUGCUAAACAGAAUAAAUUUUGGACCAACAACCAAAGAACUGAUCAAUCUUCUGGUUCUUCAACAUCAAACAAUCUCUACUCAAAUUUAUCUUCAACGUCAACCUCUUGUUUCAUGGCUUCUAUAGCUCAAAUCCAUGGAUUAACUGAAGAGCAAAAGAAGAUUCUUUUCCAGGGAAUCAGUUAAUUAAUCAGAUCAAAUGAAAUUAAAUGCACUUGAUCAAUGGAGCUUCUUAUCUAUUUUGUUGUUUUUGCUUUUCAUAGCUAAUUAUUAUGACAUGAAUAUAUAAAAAAUAUUUUUGAAAGCCAA